AUGGCAUCUCGGUUCAUAUUUUCUAACAUAUUAAGACGUCAGACUAGCCGUGAGUUGGCGAGAAAGUUUACCCGCCCGUUUGCCUCUGAAACCUCUUUCCCUAAACCAAUAACACAUUCUUCAGUACUUCCAAAUGGGUUGACAGUUGCAACUGAAACUAAUGAGUUUGCACAAACAGCAACUGUUGGUGUAUGGAUUGAUGCUGGUAGUAGAGCUGAAAAUGCGAAGAAUAAUGGAGCGGCUCAUUUCUUGGAACAUAUGGCAUUUAAGGGAACAAAAUCUCGUAGUCAACAUCAAUUGGAACUUUUUAUUGAAAAUAUUGGUGCACAUUUGAAUGCUUAUACAUCUCGUGAACAAACAGUAUAUUAUGCUAAAACUUUUAAGGAUGAUGUUAAUAUAGCUGUUGAAAUUUUAUCUGAUAUUUUACAAAAUUCUAAAUUGGAUUCACAUGCUAUUGAGCGUGAACGUGAUGUUAUUUUAAGGGAACAGGAAGAAGUAGAUAAGUUACUUGAUGAAGUGGUCUUUGAUCAUUUACAUGCUACUGCAUUCCAAGGUCAUUCAUUGGGUCGUACUAUUCUUGGCCCAAAAGAAAAUAUUCUUUCUCUUAAACGUGAUGAUCUUAUAGAUUAUAUCAAUAAGAAUUAUACAGCGGAUCGUAUGGUAUUGGUAGGAACUGGUGGUAUUCAACAUGAUAAACUUGUAGAUUUGGCCAAAAAACAUUUUUCUUCUUUACCAGCUUCACCAAAUUCUUUAUUACCUCGUAGUUCUCAUGGUGAAAAACCAACUUUUACAGGAUCAGAAGUUAGAGUAAGGAAUGAUGAAUUACCUCAAGCUCACAUAGCUCUUGCAGUUGAAAGUGUUGGAUGGACUUCGCAAGAUUAUUAUCCUAUGUUAGUUGCUCAAGCCGUAAUUGGAACUUGGGAUAGAUCUCUUGGUUCUGCUGCACAUUCAUCAUCUCGUCUUUCUCAAAUUAUUCAUGAGAAUCAUCUUGCAAAUUCUUUCCAAGCUUUUAAUACAAGUUAUAGUGAUACCGGAUUAUUUGGUGUCUAUCUCAUAUCAGAAAACAAGGAACAGUUAGAUGAUCUAGUACAUUUUACUUGUAAAGAACUUUGGAGGUUACACACAUCAGUUACAGAGGCUGAAGUUGAACGAGCUAAACAACAACUUAAAGCUUCUCUUUUGUUAAAUCUGGAUGGUACAACGGCAGUUGCUGAAGAUAUUGGACGUCAGUUAAUAACAACAGGAAAAAGACAAAGUCCUCAAGAAGUCGAAGCUAUUAUUUCCAAAGUCACAGCUGAUGAUGUACGCAGAGUUGCUGGAGAAUAUUUGUGGGAUCAAGAUGUUGCUGUAGUUGGAGUUGGCCCAGUUGAAGGACUUCCAGAUUAUAACAGAGUUCGUGGGGACAUGGCUACCAACAGAUUUUAA